ACCUCGACCCCUGUAUCUCGCGUCACGCUCAUGUGGAGAUAUACCCGAUCGAAACAACAAUGGGGCUGCUUGAAACACUGGGGCUCCAGUUCUUCGAGAUCACAUUCUGUGGAUGUAUGGCGCUAAUGGUCUACGCCUGUCUCCAGAAAGCCGUGCUCGUCAGUUGUUGUGUUGGCCUCAUCUUAUUUUACACCUUCCGAGUGAUACAGGAACGAGGCACGGAGCAGAUAACGCCGGAUGGCCGAUACGUCCUUAUAACGGGGUGCGACACAGGUAUCGGUAAAGUUCUUGCCAAGCGCCUGGUCGCACAAGGCUUCAACGUACUGGCCACGUGUUUGGAUGUUAAUAGUAGCGGAGCAUCGGAACUGAAGGAAGCUGGUGGUGAAACAAUGCACGUGCUUCCUCUUGAUGUCACUUCCGAUGAUAGCGUCGAAGCCUGCGUGAGAACAGUUCAACAGAACACUAGCGAUAAAGGUCUUUGGGCCAUCGUCAACAACGCAGGUGUGAUAGGCAUGGGGGAUGUAGAGCUUCUGACAAUGGACAUGUAUAAGCGACUAGCUGAUGUGAAUCUCUUUGGAAUGAUCAGAACUACCAAGGCCUUUUUACCAAUGAUCCGAAAAUGUAAAGGUCGAGUCAUCAAUGUAACAAGUGUGCGAGGCGUUGUUGCAUUCCCGGCCAACUCCACAUACGUUGUCAGCAAGUUCGGCGCUGAGGGCUUCUCUGAUUGCCUUCGUAUGGAGAUGAAGAGGUUCGGAGUCAAGGUCGUUAUCGUCGAACCAGGGAACUUCGGUGGGGCCACAGCGCUGUGGGAUGAAGCGAAUGUUCAGAGGAUGAAGAACGCCAAUGCAGAAAUGAUGUCAGCAGCUAGUCAUGACGUCAUCACGGCGUAUGGGCCCCAGUAUCUUGACACGAUGUUUGCAGGGGCUGUUAAAGGAUGUUCUACCUCAUUUCCCAAUCUCGAGCCUGUCAUGGCGGCCCUUGUAGCUUCUAUAAGAAGCAUUUCUCCUCAAAACCGUUACCUCGUAGACGGCAGCAACCAAUGGUUCGACGUUGACUGUGUUAUGGCCCGUCUUCGUCCUUUCGUGCCAGUCGGAAUCCUGGACUAUCUAAUGCUGAAGGUGCGAGGACAUCCUCCAGUUGCUGCGCAACCAGAGUUCCAUUGAUACUAAGAAAUACUUGAAAAUUUGGGGAACAUCCUAGAGUGUGCCGAAUAUGACAUAUAUCUACAGUGUACGUGUAAAAUAGUGUUUGAAUAUACACCAGGGAUAUUGAUUCCAAUAUAUCCACAUGAGUCUUAGUGCUGUGUGCAGAUGUAGGCAGCAUUUGACAGUUGCCUAAAACAGUGCUCUGAUACUGAAAGGGGAACCAACAAUUCAACCAUUAGGAGAUGCAGGGUAUUAAUGAUAUACAUUUGCAUUUUAUUUAUUAAUGGUGUAGCAUUCGUGUGCACAUUGUAGUAAAGCAAGCAUUUAAUUGCUGUUUAUGUAAUAAUGUGUAUAUCACUGCGAUAAAAGUAAUUGAUGAAUACUUGUAAUUAUUAGUCUAUGAAAGAGCUAAUUUAUUUCGAAUAUAAAGAAGUAUGUUGUAGAAUG